GACGCCAGGCGCAUCCUUCCCUCUGCUCUACAGGUCCUCCUGGCCCGGCUCGAACAUGCUGGACGGCCUGAAGAUGGAGGAGAAUUUCCAAAGCGCAAUCGAGUCUUCCGCCUCCUUCUCCUCGCUGCUAGGCAGAGCGGUGAGUCCCAAGUCGGUCUGCGAAGGCUGUCAGCGGGUCAUCUCGGACCGGUUUCUGCUGCGGCUCAACGACAGCUUCUGGCAUGAGCAGUGCGUGCAGUGCGCCUCCUGCAAAGAGCCCCUGGAGACCACCUGCUUCUACCGGGACAAGAAGCUCUACUGCAAGUACGACUACGAGAAGCUGUUCGCUGUCAAAUGCGGGGGCUGCUUUGAGGCCAUCGCCCCCAACGAGUUUGUAAUGCGGGCCCAGAAGAGCGUGUACCACCUGAGCUGCUUCUGCUGCUGCGUCUGCGAGCGGCAGCUUCAGAAGGGUGACGAGUUCGUCCUGAAGGAGGGGCAGCUGCUGUGCAAAGGGGACUAUGAGAAGGAGCGGGAGCUGCUCAGCCUGGUGAGCCCCGCAGCCUCCGACUCAGGCAAAAGCGACGAGGAGGAGAGCCUUUGCAAGUCGGCUCCAGGGGCGGGGAAGGGAGCCUCUGAGGAUGGCAAGGACCACAAGCGCCCCAAACGCCCCAGAACCAUCCUGACCACCCAGCAGAGGAGAGCAUUCAAGGCCUCGUUUGAAGUGUCCUCCAAGCCCUGCAGGAAGGUGAGGGAGACGCUGGCCGCAGAGACCGGGCUGAGCGUCCGUGUGGUGCAGGUGUGGUUCCAGAACCAGAGAGCUAAGAUGAAGAAGCUGGCCAGGCGGCAGCAGCAGCAGCAGCAGGACCAGCAGAACACGCAGAGGCUGAGCUCUGCAGCUCAGACGAACGGCAGCGGGAGUGCAGGCAUGGACGGAAUCAUGAACCCCUACACGGCUCUGCCCACCCCUCAGCAGCUCCUGGCCAUCGAGCAGAGCGUCUACAGCUCUGACCCCUUCCGGCAGGGCCUCACCCCGCCCCAGAUGCCUGGCGACCACAUGCAUCCUUACGGUGCUGAGCCCCUGUUCCAUGACCUGGAUAGUGACGAUACUUCCCUUAGUAACCUGGGUGACUGUUUCCUAGCAACCUCAGAAUCCGGGCCCCUGCAGUCCAGAGUGGGCAACCCCAUUGACCACCUGUACUCGAUGCAGAAUUCAUACUUCACCUCUUGAGUUCCCAGCGUCUGUGGC